CUGAGUCACAUCUCUUAGCUUAAUCAGAGCAAGUACACAAGGCUCAGUGAACUUGGCCUCUUGGAAAGAAGCCAGAUCUCUCUGGUAACAUCUUCAGGGAGAGUGAUAGAAGAGCUCCUGGGCCUCCUGAUUACACGGAGCCAAAAGGGUGUGUGUACACACAAUGGUUCAAGGACAACCUCAAGGUAGAGAGACUGAAGUCUGGUGGCAUCAGGUGAAGGUCUGGUCUGCUGCUGUGGUUUCCCUCUUACUCCUCAGUGCCUGUUUCAUCGUGAGCUGUUUGGUGAAUCAUGAUAAUUUUGUGUAUACCAAAAUUGGCAGGAAGCUGCAUAAACUACAAGACCACCAACAAUAUCUUUCACAUUUGACCUGCUUCAAAGAAAGAAAGGGGCUAAAAGAUUGGCACUGCUGCCCAACAUCCUGGAGUCCAUUUCAGUCCAGCUGCUACUUUAUUUCUACUGAAUUGAAAAAUUGGACUGAUAGUGAGAAGAACUGCUCUGAGAUGGGGGCACAUCUGAUGAUGAUCAACACUAAGGAGGAGCAGCAGUUCAUCAUCCAGAAGCUGGAUGGAAAUUUUGCUUACUAUGUGGGGCUGUCAGACCCAGAGGGGAAGCGCCAAUGGCAAUGGGUUGAUCAGUCACCAUACAACGCAAAAGUCACAUUCUGGCAUCCUGGGGAACCCAAUACGCAUGAUGAGCAUUGUGUUAUCAUAAAUUCUCGUAAUGGAAACUGGGGCUGGAAUGAUGCCUUUUGCGAUGUAAUGCAAAGGUCAAUUUGUGAGAUGAUGAUGAUCUCCUUAUGAAUGGAACAUUCUCCAUGGACAUGUGGUUGGAUUGGCAUCCACCAUGAAAGGGAUAGCUAAUUUGCUCUUUUUGUUUACGUGUGUCUUGUGUAAGGGAUAUUCAUAGAAUUUUUCAAUAAGCUGUCAUCUAUUCCACUUAUGAUAGAAUCAGUUCACACAUUCAUUCGUUUAUUCACUCAUAAUUGGAGAGCCCUUUUGCAGACGCAUAAAAUGAGCAUAAGACUUCUCUCCUAAUUUCUGUUUGACUAGCAGUGGGUUAGGUACUGAUAUCAGUAUUUGAUGUGGUUCCUCUCUAUGUCUGGCUUGUUCUCUUUAUGAUUUGGUCAAAAUAAUUUUCCAUUUCUCUCAGACAGAUUUAUUACUUUUAAAUGAAAACAUACUAGGUAGCAGCAAGAAUUCAGUACCCACCCACAGAAGGUAAGAUUCUAGCUUUAGCCCAGUAUAUUAUUUGGACUCUCUCUGCUCAGUCUUGAGCUUGUAAAUUUUUCUUUGUGUCGUAGUUUUACAGAAACACAUAGUUUCUGUGUAUGGAUUGUCAUCCCAAAUGGCCCUGGUUUGUUUUCACCCCUCUUCUUUCUAACCCUACUGCCGUUGACUGGAUUCUGACUCAUAGUGACCCCAUAGGGUUUCCAAGGGUUAUGGAAGCAGCCUGCCACAUCUUUCUUCCACGAAGUGGCUGGUGGGUUUGAAUUGACGACAUUUUGGUUAACAGCCAAGCACUUUUAAUCAUUGUGCCAGCAGGGCUCCUUCUUUUUACUAAAGUUCCUACAAAUCACUCUAUUUCUACAACAAUAUAAAAACAUAUCAUAUUUAUAGUAAAAAAAAAAGAAAAGUUGCCGUCGAGUCAACAGUGACUCAUGGCAAACCCAUGUGUGUCAGAGUAGAACUGAACUACAUAGGGUUUUCGGCGACAGAUUUCUUGGAAGUAGAUUGCCAGGCUUUUCUUCUGAAGAGUUUCUUGGUGGACUUGAAGCUCUAACCUUUUGGUUAUUAGCCAAAUUCAUUAACUCUUUGCACCACCAAGGGACUCCAUAUUUAUAAUAUGGCUUGUAAUUCAUCGCUGUGGCAUGGUGAUUACAACUGAUUAUGAUGAAACUGAUUCCAUCAAUGGCUUUACUUGUAUAGAUUUUCACAAUGUGACCUGAGAUUUUGACCCUAUCAUCUUGAGGCAACGGAGUCAUUUCAUUUUUGCAGCCAUGCAUUUCCUGACUAUAUAUUAAGAAGGGUUAUUUUUGGAGGUCCGAGCUUAACCACUGUAUGUAGAAUUUACUAGUUUAACUCUCAAAGAACAAUUUAUACACAAUUCCUCUCACUUGUUCAUCUACACGGAAAGUUUUAAGUCUUGCUUGCACACUAUAUUCACAAUCCUAGGGAGCUUUUAAAAAAAAGACCUCACCCUUAGCAUCUAUAUUUUUUCAAAUUCUUCAGAAUUGAGAAUCUCUGGUCUACAUUUACAAUAAAAGGAGUACCAAAGUUUAAAAAGUUUCUCCUAUGGAGUAUCAUUUUAUGUAUGAGCUCAGACCUCUGAGGUAGACACUUCCCCACAGAUACGGUGAGACUACAUUUGGUAACUCUAUUAGUUUCCUGUUGCCACUGUAACAAAUUAACACAAGCACAAAACUUAAAAAAAAAAAAAA